AUGUUGACUUUAUAUACUGCACCAACAGGAAACGGAAGAAAACCAACUUUAUUGUUGAAAUUAUUAAACCUUGAUUAUAAAUUGAAUCAAUUUGAAUGGCCAACAACUGAAAUCAAACAGGAAUGGUAUUUGAAAUUAAAUCCAAAUGGAACAAUUCCUACUUUAGUUGAUGGAGAUUUGACUUUAUAUGAAUCAAAUGCAAUUUUAGAAUAUAUUUCAGAAAAUUAUGAUAAAGAUCUUAAAUUUACUUAUUCUAAGGGCUCAAUUAAUUAUUGGUUAAUUCAUCAAUGGUUAUUUUAUCAGUCUUCAAAUUUUGCUGGAACUAUGUCUCAAACUAAUAGAUAUUUAAAAUAUAAUCCAAAUGAUGAAUGGAGUAGAAAUGUUUUAUUAAAUGAUUGGAUUAAAAUAUAUACUGUGCUUGAUGGUCAUUUAAAAAAAAAUAAAUCUGGUUGGUUUGUCGGAGAUAAGUUUACAAUUGCUGAUUUGGCUUUGGCUGUUGGUAAUCAUAGAAGAGUUGAAAAAACAACAGGUACAAAAUAUGAAAUUGAAAAGUUCGAUGAAAAUUUUCCAAAUGUUAAAAAAUGGUAUGAUAGAGUACUUGAAAUUGAAGGGGUUAAAGAUAUUUUAAAUUAG